GCUCAUCCCGUUGCAGGAGGAGCUGCGGCCUCGGCUGUGCCACAUGAAGAAGGGUCCCAAUGGCUACGGCUUCAACCUGCACAGCGACAAGACCCGCCCGGGGCAGUACAACCGCGCCGGGGCGGCAGGACUGGCCCCCCAGGACCGCAUCAUCGAGGUGAAUGGGGUGUGCAUGGAGGGCAAGCAGCACGCUGACGUGGUGGCAGCCAUCAAGGCGAGCGGCGAUGAGACCAGGCUGCUGGUGGGGGAUGUCCUCACGGAUGAGUUCUUCAAGAAGUGCAAGGUGGUGCCCUCGGAGGAGCAUCUCACAGGUCCCUUGCCAGAGCCAGUUGUCAAUGGCGAUGUAGGGAAGGAAAACGGCGCAGAGCCACGGUCCAGCUCCGUGUCCGAGAGCCCGUCCAGCCCCGGGCCACUGGCCAUGUCCCCCAACUCCAGCGACACCCACAGCAAGUCUGACACACAGGAGGGUGACAAGCACCAUUCAGCAUCCGGCUCCCUCCUGGACCUCGACAUCCCACUGGCAGUGGCCAAGGAGCGGGCGCACCAGAAGCGCACCAGCAAGCGGGCUCCCCAGAUGGACUGGAGCAAGAAAAAUGAACUGUUCAGCAACCUGUGA